CCUCCUUUUCUUUAAAAAUAAAAACAGAAAUCUGGGUUACAGUGAGGCACUUACAAUGGAAGUGAAUGGGGCCAAUUUUUGGAGAGUUUAAAGGCAGAAAUGUGAAGCGUAUAAUUUUAUAAAAGCAGUUACAUUAAUUCUUCUGUUAAAACUCAUGUAUUUGAGCUGUAAAGUUGUUUAAAUUGUCAUUUUUACAGUUGUUUACAUUAUAUCGUCAUGGCAACACAUUUGUAAAAUUGACUAUAACUGUACACAGGAAAGGUUAGUAAGUGAUUUUAUCAGACUAAAAUCAUGUUUACAUGCAUAUCAAUUACAUCUUGUGGCUAUACUUUUGAAAAAGUAUUUUAACGUUUGAAAACUGGCCCCCAUUCACUUCCAUCGUAAGUGCGUCACUGUCAUCUCCAUUUUUUAAUUAUUUUCUAUUUUAUUGUUUUAAAGAAAAGGAGGGGAAAGUCAAAAUAAAUUUUGAGUGGUCUGCUCGUGGUUGAUGACAGGUGGAUAGGUGAAGGAGGUGUUUGAGGUCACCUCAGAUCAUUGCUAUGGAGGCCAAGCAAGAGUCAUCACCUGUGUGGAGUCCAGCACCCAACAACGACAAUGGCAAUCCACCUCAGGUGCAUUUUGAGGCUGGUGCGGUGGCCCAGAUCGUGUACAGUGGGGAGCAGUCUGACCGGGGACAGCAACAGGUCGUAUACACUGCAGACGGAAGCUCCUACACCUCCGUUGAGUCGGCUGAACACACGCUGGUGUACAUACACCCUGCUGACGGAACACAGGCAGUGUUCACAGAUCAGCCCCAGGUGGCCUACAUUCAGCAGGAUGGCACAACACAGCAGGUGACUGUGUUGCUGCCGAGCGGUCAGAACAUGAACACUGCCAAUCUGCAUGUUUUGAGUAAUGUAGCCGACGGCCCACAGGCCAUCCUGGAACCUGUGACACAGAGCCAGCUCGCUGUGACAAACACGGCUCUCCCCAAUAUUGUGGAGGCCUCUUCCAGUCCCCUGGGGGCCACAGAUUCCACAGUGGAUUCGGAGGAUGAGGAAGAUGACAAUGACAGUGAUGACUCUGAAAUGGAUGAUUGGGAACCCAGGACGCCCCAGCCAUUCACUCCACAUAACCUCUGGUGUGAAGACUGCAGUAGCGCUAAUCCUGCAGCGUGCUUGAAACACGGUCCUCUCCACCCCAUUCUCAACCGUCCCGUGACGUCUAAGGCUCGAGCCAGUCUGCCUCUCAUCCUGUAUAUCGACCGUUUUCUCGGCGGAAUCUUUACAAAGAGGCGCAUCCCCAAACGCACACAGUUCGGUCCUGUGGAGGGACCACUGGUGCAACAGAGUGAACUGCAGGACACUCACAUACAUCUGAAACUGUACAUGCUAGACCCUGCGAAAGAGGGCGAGAGAGUGGAGGACCUCUGGUUUGACCUGUCCGAUGAGGAGCGAUGUAACUGGAUGAUGUUUGUCCGCCCAGCCCAGAACCACCUGGAGCAAAACCUAGUGGCUUAUCAAUAUGGCUCAGAAAUUUUUUACACCACUAUUAAGAACAUUCAGCCCAAACAAGAGCUAAAGGUGUGGUACGCUGCAUCAUAUGCGGAGUUUGUCAACCAGAAAGUUCAUGAUGUCACAGAAGAGGAGAGGAAAGUUUUACGUGAGCAAGAGAAGAACUGGCCUUGUUAUGAGUGUAACAGACGUUUCAUGAGCUCAGAGCAGCUUCAGCAGCAUUUAAACAUGCAUGACGACAAGCUGGAUCUCAUCCAAAGGCCAAAGGGGCGUGGCCGUGGGCGGGGCAGGAAACGAUUCGGCGCUGCGAGGAGGCCAGGGCGCCGUACAAAAUUAAUCUGCCCACAGACACCUGCUGAAAGUGCCGAUAAGUCACAGGAGCUGUUGGCAUGUGUAAAUAAGCUCCCGUAUGAAGAAAGGACAGAUGGAGCUCUUAACGGGCUGAAGGUGGUGGAGAUGACAGCUGAUGCAGUGGAGGCAGAGACAGGAGAGGGCCUCGAUACCCAGGUGACCCACACUGACACGCUACAAGACGAGGGGGAUUCUGGCACCCUGCCUCUGGCCGCAGAGGGCUUGGAGUCUGUGAAAGAUGACCUGUCUCUGACAGACCCUGUAGACCCUCACCUAUCUCCUCAGGACAUGAGGCGGGCAAGGAGGAUUAGGAAUGCCGCUCUCCAGCAUCUUUUCAUCCGUAAGUCCUUCCGACCCUUUAAAUGCCCCCAGUGUGGUAAAGCGUUCCGGGACAAAGACAAGCUGGAGCAGCACAUGCGGUAUCACGGACGGGAUGGCUGCCGUCACAUGUGUCAUCAGUGCGGUAAGAGCUUCCUUUCGAGCAACACGCUGGAGGAUCAUCUGCAGCUGCACUCUGAUCAGCGCACAUACUCCUGCCUGUUCUGUGCUGAGUCCUACGACAGACUGGACCUGCUCAAAGUGCACGUGGGCAUUCACCUGGUCAACGGCUGCUUCUCCUGCCCCUCCUGCAAGAAAUCCUUCACUGAUUUCAUGCAGGUAAAGAAACAUGUGAGGAGUUUCCACUCAGAGAAAAUCUUCCAGUGUACAGAGUGCGAUAAAUCCUUCUGUAGGCCUGAUAAACUACGACUGCACAUGCUCCGCCACUCUGACCGCAAGGACUUCCUCUGCUCCACCUGCGGCAAACAGUUUAAGAGGAAGGAUAAAUUGCGGGAACACAUGCAGAGGAUGCACAAUCCAGACCGUGAGUCCAAGAAGGCGGAUCGGAACCACCGCACCAAGGCUUUGAAACAGAAGGAACCCACAACUGAUUUCGAGAGCUUCAUGUUUAAAUGUAGACUCUGUAUGAUGGGCUUCAGGAGACGAGGGAUGCUGGUAAAUCACCUGUCUAAACGGCAUCCUGAGAUGCGAUUGGAGGAGGUUCCUGAGCUUACCCUGCCCAUCAUUAAACCCAACAGAGAUUAUUUCUGCCAGUACUGUGAUAAGGUGUAUAAAAGUGCCAGUAAGAGGAAGGCCCACAUUUUGAAGAACCACCCUGGGGCUGAGUUACCCCCCAGCAUCCGAAAACUGCGUCCAGCCGGGCCGGGAGAACCCGACCCCAUGCUGAGCACACACACCCAGCUGACGGGCACCAUCGCCACUGCACCAGUGUGUUGCCCACACUGUGCCAAACAGUACAGCAGCAAGACAAAGAUGGUCCAGCACAUUCGUAAGAAGCAUCCGGAAUAUCAAUAUAACAGCAGCAGCAUUCAGGCUCCACUGGCGGCUACAGUCAUCAGCAGCACACCUGCUGUCAUCACAACAGAUGGCACUACUGCAGAGGCUGUGGUGACGACAGACCUGUUGACACAGGCCAUGACAGAGCUGUCCCAAACCCUGACGACAGACUACCGCACGGCACAGGGGGAUUUCCAGAGGAUUCAGUAUAUCCCUGUGUCUCAGGCAGGAGGAGGUCUGGCGCAGCCACAACAUAUACAGCUGCAGGUGGUGCAGGUGGCCCCGGCGUCCUCACCUCACUCUCAACACUCUACAGUAGAUGUGAGUCAGUUGCAUGAUCCUCACAGUUACAGUCAGCACUCUAUUCAGGUUCAACACAUACAGGUGACAGAACCUACAGGUGCAGUACAGACAAACGCACAGGUUACGGGUCAGCCUCUAAGUCCCUCUUCUCAGCAAGCUGCCCAGGAGCUUAACACGACCCAAUUCACCCCUGUGACCCUGGCUCAGGGCCAAACUCUACAGUCAUCCGCCAAUCAGACGCAAGGAACUGCACAGCAUGCUUACCUUCCUAGUAAUUGGAACUAUAGGAGUUAUCCAUCUGAGAUCCAGAUGAUGGCUCUUCCUCAUACUCAGUAUGUGAUAGCAGAAGCGAGCACCCCCGUCACUGCUGCAGUCAACAACAGUCAGGUAAAAACGCAGACACACUAUGUCAUCUCAGAAGGACAGACAGAGCUGGAUGGUAAACAAGUGAAUGCCCCGUCAACCUCAGCACAGGAUCAUCCUGACCCACUAGAGCAGCCUGUCGUCAGUCAACAGACCACCACACAGUACAUCAUCACAACCACCACUAACGGGACGGGAGCCAGCGAAGUUCAUAUAACCAAACCCUGACCCCACAUAUGAAGAAACGCUCACACUCUUACUACAGAGGGACAGAUGAAUUUGUCACCCCUUCUGUUGGCAAGGGACUUUAAAUGAACAAACAGAUGUCUGAUAUAUCUUUAUUUUCUUGAAGAAUAUAGAGUUAACAAAUGAAUUGUUAAAUAGGGAAGAAUAUGUUGUUGUUUUUUUAUUUCUUUAAUAAAACACUGGAGUUGGUUAGCUGUGUUUCUAGACACCCAAAUACAUCCAAUCAUGAUCUCACAUAUCAGGAGCUAUCAACAUUUUAACUUGUGCCAUCCCGCUUGUUUUAUGCUUUUCAUUUUGUCCUAAUUCGAUUUGUUUCCUUUAAAUAUUUUUUAAGCAAAUGUUUAAUUUUUUUUUUAUGAUUUUCUUUUUUUUUUUUUUUUUUUUUUUGCCUGAUUAAGACUGAGAGACCCUUAGAGCUAAAAAAAAAAAAAAAAACCCUAUUAAGUAAUUUUAUGUUUCCCCACAAUAAAAGGGGGUUGGUGCUGUGGAUCUUUAAAUUUGCUGGACUUUGUUUGAAUAUAUUUAUUUGGAAUACUUGCAAUUUAGUAUACUAGUAAAGCCAGCAAAACAAAACAAAACAAAAAAAGAAAAAAAAUACAGUUACAUACCAGACAUUAAUUUUAUGUAAUUGUGAACCUUCUGAAAGUAAGAUAACUGUCUAGAUUAACUGAUAAAGAAAUGCCCAGGUCAUAUUCUACCUCCAAAAUCAAAUGAAAGAAUUAAGAAAUUAUAUUAUCAAUAUGAAACAUGUUUUUAAGACCAUUAAGAUUUUUGUAUUAUUAUGACAUUUGUUUUAAUGACAAUUAAGCACAUUUAAGCAUCCCUCUCAUGCAAAAAAUAAAAAAUAAAAAUAAAACAUUUACAUUGUAAAAUAAAAUCAAGUAUUCAUCACAGUAGUAUUUGUUUUACAGAAUGUAUGCUGAUGUUGAUGGAAAAAAAAUUGUGUUCAGACGCAAUGAUUAAAAUUUUUGCAUUACAAUAAUAAGUGAGAAUAUGGGGAGAAAACGUGCUCACAAAGGUCACAAUGCAACAACAACAAUCUUAAUGGUCAUAAAACAGGCUUCAUUUGAUAUAAUUUCUCAUUUCUUUCUUUUGAUUUUGACCUGACCUGAACAUAAAAGUGUCUGAACCAGUGCUGUUGGCAUCAAAUUUGAUCCAGGAUCAGUCCUCAAAGUUUUAUUAUAGAUGGGGCAUUAAUGGUUAAAUCAUCUUAUAUCAAAGAUCAGUUCAUUUGUUCUCAUGUUAUCUUGCUUACCAUGAAGAUGAGAAAUGAAUACUAAGCCCAGAUCAACACUAUUACUUAUAAUUGUAUUUUAUGGUCCAUAGGAAGAGUUACCAGCCAGUCUGAGGUUUAUUUGAAGGUUGAAAAUGAUCCAGAUUUGGAACAAAAAUAAACAAUAAAAUAGAGGGAAAUACUUUGUGUUACCAGCUCAAAGACUUUCAACGCUUUUCACUCACAAAAAUCAUUCUACAAUAUUAAAACAAUGUCUCAAUUUGUCUUAAUUCUCAUUUUUCUGUGCUGGAAUGCGUUUAAAUGUUUCAUGUAACCUAUUGUGUUUAUGGACAUACUGGUAUUUAUUUGGGGUUUGCACUUCCACCAGUGAAGCACUGCUGAAUCUUUAUAACCUGAAGAAGGGAAAAUAUAUCCAUCAUACAUUAUUUAUACUGAGACAAACUUGUACAAUGUUAAAAAAACAAAAACAAACAAAAAAAAAACUGUAAAUGUACUAUUCUAAUGAUUAUAAAUUUUGCUGUAAUUAUUGACAGUUAAUGUACAGUAAUGCACCUCGGUGUCUCUAGAUUAGUGUCUCCUGUUGUCCCUAGUCAUGGGAAAUAAAUGUGCUUUUGAACACUUGU